AUGUUCAGAUCGAAGGUCCAGGAGAUGAUCCUCAGGAGGAGGUCCAGGUCCAUGAACGGCGCCGCGCAGCACGCCGGCAGCUCGCCCACGGCUUCGUGCGACGCCGGCGGAGGUGGCAAGGGUGCUGCUCGCGCGCCGUCGUUCGCCGCGCCGAGGCUGCUGCACUCGUCGUCGCUCCCCGCCGGCGGCCGCGCCGCGGUCGUCAUCGGGAGCCCCGCGCGGGACCCAGAGGCGUUGUCCGCCUACGCCAUGAGCCCGACCUCCGUGCUGGACGCGUCGGCGGCCUUCGGGUCGCCCGGCCCGGCCGUGGACGCCGGAGGGGGCAAGCGCCGGCCCUGGUGCGACGGGUGCGCGGGCCCGCACGGGCUCGCCGACGUGCUGGACUGCGCCCACGAGGCCCAGCGGAGGAAGAACGUCCUCCGGGGCGCCGUGAGGGCGCAGGCGCCGGCCCUGGUGCGCUCGUCCUCCCUGGACCGGCGCGUGGAGUUCGGCGUCAAGAACAAGAGCUCGUGGCUGCCGCUGCGCUCCGCCCGCGCGGGGGCGGCGGCGGAGGAGGACGACGGGCCGGCGUCCGAGGACUACACCUGCGUCAUCUCCCGCGGGCCCAACCCGAGGACGGUGCACAUCUUCGGCGACCGCGUCGUGGAGGGCGACGGCGUGGCGGAGAGCCCGCCGCCGGCGCCGGUGCCGGCGCGCCAGGGCAGAGGCUUCCUCAGCCUGUGA